CUUUGCUAAAGUACCCAACAUGGCUGCCAAUAAUUGUUACGGCUUCAAUAACGAUGGAUACCACAGUUCUUACACAGAAUCCACCUAUUCCCGUACUACAUCAACACCCAGUUAUCCUGGCAGAAACAUGCAAAGUUAUUCAUAUACUGGAGAUGGCAAAUAUCCCAAAGGAUCUCAGAAUAUCCAGCCAGUGGAUUAUGAGGGUCAUCAGAACUACACAGAAACUAAUCCCGGUUAUGGAACAUGGAAAGACAAUCGAAUGCAACAGUCAGCCUUCAAUCAUGGCUAUCAGGAAAGUAGUGCUUAUGAAAAUAUGCCAUCACAAGGCAGCUAUGAUCACAGACAAAGUUAUCAGGAGGCGGAACCGCAGAAUCAAGAGUAUGAUUACUACAUGGAGGAAAAAGAGGAUAGCCGAAAGGGACCAUGGAAUAUGCCCACUUGGGAUAUGAAACGAGCUUCCAGUUACUCUUCUUGUGAACCUGCUGCAUAUCCAGAGGCUUCGUCCAAUUACCAUUAUCAGCAGCCUAAUCGAUUUGGACAUGGAUCUUGGGGCAGCAAAGAUGCUAGAGCUAAUGGAAAUGGUACUAAAUAUGCCAAAAAUGCUCCAUAUGUGAACAAAGACACGAAAUUCAAGGGGCAGCCGAAACCACAACAGCUGCAUUAUUGUGACAUCUGCAAAAUUAGCUGUGCAGGAUAUCAGACUUACAAAGAGCAUUUAGAGGGACAAAAGCACAAAAAAAAAGAACUUUCAGUCACCGCCCAGAUUCCUAUGAGAGGUGCACAUACGCAGUUGCAUUGUCAGCUCUGUGAUAUUUCUUGUACUGGACCAGAUGCCUAUGCUGCACACAUUAAAGGAGCCAAGCAUCAAAAGGUUGUGAAAUUGCACACUAGAUUAGGAAAGCCAAUUCCUGAUUCAGAGCCUGUCAUAAGUCACACAUCUGGACCACCCAGCAAAUCCCUGACAUCCACUUCCACUGGAAUGCAAAACCUAGAAAAUUCACCAUCCCUUGAAUAUUCUGCCAAUUUUGAUUCAUUACCUACAGAAUCAUCUGCAGUUUCAUCUACAAGUUCCAAGCAAAACCCAUCAAUAUUAGAGGUGGAAGAAGGACCCAAGGAUGCCCAAGAUACGUUUUAUGGAAAUCCUGUGAAACCUGUUGGAGAAAGUUAUGUGGAAGAGAUUCUUAAUGAAGAAGGGAAGACAAUGAGAUUCCAUUGUAAACUUUGUGAAUGCAGCUUCAAUGAUACCAAUGCUAGGGACAUGCAUCUGAAGGGCCGCCGACACAGGCUACAGUACAAGAAAAAAGUGAACCCACGCCUUUCAGUAGAAGUGAAGCCAAGCAAUCGACCUUGGAAGAUACAAGAGGAAAAAAUUUGGCGCAGAUGGGAGCAUAGACAGGCAAUGCAGAGAUACUUAGAAGAAGAACAAAUUUGGUUAAUGGAAAUGAGACAUUAUGAGGACAUGUACUGGAGAGAGUUGGAAGAAGAGUAUCUGUUUUGGGAAUAUCAACAAAUGAGACGCAUGCAAUUAGAAUGGCACCAUAUGGCCCGAGGCAGGCAAUCUUACUCGCAUAAUUCACCUCAAGUGAAUGAAUCUGUAGAUGACCAAUACAUCAUGAGAAAGCAUGCUCAGAUCUAUCCCACUGAGAAAGAGCUUCAGGCUAUCCAGAAAACUGUAUCGUUGUCUGAAAGAGCACUCAAGCUUGUAUCCGAUUGCAUUAGACGUGAUUCUGGUGAUGAAGACGCUAGUAAAACUGGCAAUGCCGGUGUCUUGAGGGGUGUUAAACGUGUUGGUAUCCUGUCAAAAGGCCUCAUUUUGCGAGGCAACCAGAAUUUUCAGCUAACCUUGUUAUGCUCAAACAAGCCAACUUGCAGCUUGAUAAAGAGGAUUGCGGAAGUUCUCCCAGAACAGCUAGAGAAGUUAUCCAAAAAGCAACAUAGUGUAACCUAUGACAUGGAAGAGGCCCGCCUUGUGAUUACGUUUGCUGAUGAACCAAGGUUGCAGUUCACUGUGUUUCUUACCUGCAACCAAGUGGUUGCUAAAAAUGGAGAAAAAAAGGAGGAUGUAGAAACAGAAGAUCUAGAGAAAAAAGAGAAAGAUGCUUGUACAACAUCUGAUGAAAACAAUUUUCUUAGCGAAGAGAAAUGCAAGGAGUCUCUAGCUCGUCUUCAUCAGGCUCAGUGGUUUCAGUCUCAUGCAAGUGAUUUGCAGUCUUGUGUUAUUGUUAUUCGCAUUUUUCGUGACUUGCGUCAGAGAGUGUCGGCAUGGACAGCUCUUUCUGAUUGGGCUUUGGAAUUAUUAGUCCAGAAGGCUUUGAAUUCAUCGUCCACGUCACUUUUUCGCCCGCAGAAGCCACACGAAGAGUACUGGAAUGUAUUGCUUCUGGAGUUCUCCUUUCUGAUGGUCCAGGGCUUCAAGAUCCUUGUCAGAAGGACACGUUUGAUGUCUUAGAAUCACUCACUAAUCAAGAACGAGAAGACAUCACUGCAAAUGCACAGCAAGCACUCAGGAUGAUAUCAUUUAGACAGAUUCACAAGGUUUUGGAUAUGGAACCUCUGCGAUCUACAAGACAAAGCAGAUAUAACAUUUAUUUCCACGGGACAAUAGUGACUCUGGUUUACGGGUA